GCUAGUGGGCGCACUGCUGGGCGGAACUUGCGGGUGUCACUGCUGGGCACCGAUCAUCAGGGCACUGAUCAUCAGUGCCCUGAUGAUCGGUGCCGAUCCCCGCUCUGACAACUGCCGGUUCUCGGCAGUACUUUCCUCACGAUCUGACAGCGGCACUGAUGAUCAGUGCCCUGAUGAUCAGUGCCCAGCAGUGCCACCCACCAGUGCUGCCCACCUGUGCCCAGCAGUGCCACCCACCAGUGCC